GUGACACAAUUUACUCGAAAACCACACAAAGAAGAAAGUACUACCGUCAUGCAAUGUUAAUGUAACCAAGGUUGUUAACACAAUGUUGGAGACCGAUAUGAACAUGUAACAAAACAAGGUGAUCUUAUUGGUAGAGAUGAGCGUCCACUGCGUCCUGCCGUCCGCUGGCCGGAGCUUCUCUUUAUCGUGUCCUGCCGCUGGACUACUUCGCUGCCUUCUAACUGCUCGCACCUCUAUCACACGAAGAAGAAACAUGUCCUCUAAAAGACAAAUGGACCAUCUAGAGAGGACGGCAAACAACCAAAGACAAAAUGUUGUGUAUCCUGCUCAAGUAUGCGGUAUCAUGAACGAGUCGGAGACGGUAAAACGUCUUAGGCUAACGGCACAUCCGGAAUUUAACUUUAAAGCAGGACAAUGGGUGGAUUUUUUCAUCCCAGGAGUGGAGAAGGUGGGAGGUUUCUCCAUGUGCUCCAGUCCGGGUUUGUUGCAGAGGGAGGGCGUCGUGGAGCUGGCCGUCAAGUUUGCCAAUCACCCACCGGCGCAUUGGGUUCACACAGCGUGCAAGCUAGGCUCUCAAGUAGCGAUGCGCGUCGGCGGCGACUUCUACUUCGACCCCUCACCUUCGGACCCUGCGGUGGAUUUGCUCCUAGUGGCGGGCGGCGUGGGAAUCAACCCACUGUACUCUAUUUUGUCACACUCGGCUGAUCUAUUGCAGCUUAGCCGAGCUUCCGGCGGGCGGGAUUUUAAUAUCGGAUCGGUUCAUCUCUGCUACAGUGCUAAGACCACUCAGGAGCUGCUUUUCAAGAAUCCGAUCCUUCGGGCGUGCAAGGAGUUCCCUGACAAGUUGACGUGCGAAUUUCACGUCACCCAGCAGAGCACAGAUAUCGAACCACAGCUUCAGCCAUUUGUUAACCGUCGAAGAAUCGGCGAGCCCGAGCUGGAGACUCACGUCGACCCACAAAGGACUUUGUGUUACCUAUGCGGACCUCCGCCCAUGAUCGAGGCAGUUUCCCAAAUCUUAUUGGGCCUCGGCUUACCGCAGGACAGAAUUCUCUUUGAGAAGUGGUGGUAGCUGCUCCUCCCACUCUCAGGAUGCCAUCGUAUUGUUUCCUGGGAGCUUCUUGAUGUGUUUUUGUGGUGGGAGUGGAAAGAUAACAGCUGCUGGAACUUGCAUUGACCCGCAAGAACUGACCGGACUUUCAUUUCAUUUGAUCUGUGAAGAUGUAACAUGUUCUUAGUCACUCUAUAUUUAUUGAUUUAUUUUCAAUUUAUUUGGUUGAGUGCUCAUAUACAUUUUACACCACAGAGUAAAAUGUUUCCGACCAAUUUUCUGUGUUUUGACUUGCACUCAUUAGGUUAUGCACACUAUUUCAGUCGCGGUAUAACACUGCUCGGUGAGAAACCCUCAGCGUAACUGAUGGAACCUCCAGACGGCCCCUGAUUGGUCCGCAUCCCCGAAACCUCCCGCCGAGAACGUCGUGGGCGUCUCUCGGCGGGGGUGCCAUUGUCGAUUCAUUUGAAUUGUUCCACCAGGGAAAUGUUCUACGCUGAAAUGUGAUUGAAUGAAAUAAAUGACGGAGAACAGUGUGGAAACGCAAAAUUUACUUCAGCCUCA